AUGGUCAGAAUCACCCCCUUCGAAGUCGAACAAUGGAUGGACAGCUACGAAACCACUCCCGGUGUAAUCAACAUAGCCGAAACAUGUUGCGCGUCCAUCUCCGUCGACGACCUCAUCUCCCUAAACACCGACAAAUCUGCUUCAAGCCCCUUACAGCUCUCCAAGAAGCUAACGUACGGCGACAUCCUCGGCUCCUCGACUCUUCGUUCGCGGGUGGCCUCGCUGCUCAACCGGGACUUGAACCUUUACUCUCCGGACGGGAGCUUAGAACCGCUAACUGCCGAAAACGUCAUUAUCACUCAGGGUGCUAUAGCCGCCAACUUUUUGGUGUUCUAUACGCUGGUCGGACCGGGGGACCAUGUCAUCUCUGUGUAUCCUACUUAUCAACAACUGUAUUCGGUUCCGGAGAGCUUGGGUGCUGAGGUUUCGCUGUGGAAGUUGAAGGCUGAGAAGGGAUAUGUGCCCGAUGUUGGGGAGUUGGAAGGAUUGGUAAAGGAUAAUACCAAGCUCCUCGUCCUAAACAACCCCAACAACCCAACAGGCGCCACCAUCCCCACCUCAACCCUCCACUCCAUCCUCGACUUUUGUUCCUCCUGCAACAUCUCCAUCCUCUCCGAUGAAGUCUACUCUCCCCUCUUCCACUCCUUGCCCAACGACGAGUCCUCCCUAGCACCCCCCUCCAUCCUCUCCCUAUCCCCUUCUGGAACCACCAAAAAGACCUGUGAAACAAUCUCAACAGGGUCAACCUCCAAAUCCCUCGCCCUCGCCGGUCUCCGUCUCGGUUGGAUCGCCUCCCGCUCCCCUUCCCUCCUCCGCGCCAUCGCCUCCGCCCGCGAUUACACCGCCAUAAGCGUCUCGCAGCUCGACGACCAGGUAGCCAGUUACGCGCUGGGCCCUACUGUACUCCCGGCGCUGUUGGAGAGGAAUAUGGAUUUGGCUAGAACGAAUCUGGCGUUGCUUACUAAGUUUGUGGAGGGCAAGUACAGCACGGUAUGCUCGUGGGUUAGGCCGACGGCGGGGACGACGGCUUUGGUGCAGUUUCGGAAUGUGAGAAAGGUAGGGGAGCCAGUCGAUGAUGCUGGUUUUGUCUUGGAUGUUUUGGAGAAGAUGAAGGUGUUAUUUAUGCCUGGUAGUCCUUGCUUUGGGCUUGGGACGGACUUUAAGGGUUAUGUGAGGAUAGGCUAUGCUUGUGAGACUGAGGUGCUGGAAAGGGGUCUGGAACUUUUAGGUCAGUAUGUCGAGGAAUACUUGCUCUGA